GCGGCCGCCAUUUUCUCGCUGCCUCUCUCCGCUCGCUGCCUGCGCGGCUCCUUGCCCUGCUUGCCAGCGCUUUGUCUUGGUCGGCGAUGGACGGCAUUGUCACUGAUGUUGCAGUUGGCGUGAAGAGAGGAUCUGACGAACUUCUUUCAGGCAGUGUACUCAAUAGCCCGAACUCUAACAUGAGCAGCAUGGUAGUUACUGCCAAUGGUAAUGACAACAAGAAAUUCAAAGCAGAUGAUAAAAUGGAUGGGGCUCCUUCUCGUGUUCUUCAUAUCAGGAAAUUGCCUGGUGAAGUGACAGAAACAGAAGUUAUUGCUUUAGGCUUACCUUUUGGUAAGGUAACCAACAUCCUGAUGCUAAAAGGAAAAAAUCAGGCUUUUUUGGAGCUGGCAACAGAAGAAGCAGCUAUUACUAUGGUUAAUUACUAUUCUGCUGUGACACCUCAUCUUCGUAACCAACCCAUCUAUAUUCAGUACUCUAAUCAUAAAGAACUAAAGACUGAUAAUACACUAAACCAGCGGGCUCAAGCUGUUCUUCAGGCAGUGACAGCAGUACAGACGACAAAUACUCCCAUAAGUGGAACUACUGUUAGUGAGAGUGCAGUGACUCCAGCUCAGAGUCCAGUACUUAGAAUAAUUAUUGACAACAUGUACUAUCCUGUAACCCUGGAUGUUCUUCACCAAAUAUUCUCUAAAUUUGGUGCUGUAUUGAAGAUCAUAACAUUCACAAAGAAUAAUCAGUUUCAAGCUUUACUUCAGUAUGGUGAUCCAGUAAAUGCACAGCAAGCGAAAUUGGCAUUAGAUGGACAAAAUAUUUAUAAUGCUUGCUGUACCCUACGGAUUGAUUUUUCCAAAUUGGUGAAUUUAAAUGUGAAGUACAACAAUGAUAAAAGUAGGGACUACACUCGACCUGAUCUUCCAUCUGGGGAUGGACAACCAGCAUUGGACCCAGCUAUUGCUGCAGCAUUUGCGAAGGAGACUUCCCUUCUAGGGCUUCCUGUUGCAGCUGUUCCUGGAGCGCUGAGUCCUUUGGCUAUUCCAAAUGCUGCUGCUGCAGCUGCUGCUGCUGCUGCUGGCCGAGUGGGUAUGCCUGGAGUCUCAGCUGGUGGCAAUACAGUCCUCCUCGUUAGCAAUUUAAAUGAAGAGAUGGUUACGCCCCAAAGUCUGUUUACCCUCUUCGGUGUUUAUGGGGAUGUGCAGCGUGUGAAGAUUUUAUACAAUAAGAAAGACAGUGCUCUUAUACAGAUGGCAGAUGGGAACCAAUCACAGCUGGCCAUGAGUCACCUUAACGGACAAAAAAUGUAUGGGAAGAUUAUUCGGGUUACACUUUCCAAGCAUCAGACAGUACAGCUACCUCGAGAAGGACUUGAUGACCAAGGGCUAACUAAAGACUUUGGUAAUUCACCUUUGCAUCGCUUCAAGAAACCUGGCUCAAAAAAUUUUCAGAAUAUAUUCCCCCCCUCUGCAACUCUUCACCUGUCUAAUAUUCCACCAUCAGUAGCAGAAGAUGAUCUGCGCACAUUGUUUGCUAACACUGGAGGCACUGUGAAAGCAUUUAAAUUUUUUCAAAGAGAUCACAAGAUGGCACUUCUUCAGAUGUCAACAGUAGAAGAAGCUAUUCAGGCUUUGAUUGAUCUGCAUAAUUACAAUCUGGGAGAAAAUCACCACCUGAGAGUUUCUUUCUCAAAAUCAACAAUUUAAAUGGGAGAUGAAAAAAUGAAGGUGUAUCGCAUUGUUAAGUGUCGUCACCUAUUGACUGUUCAGGAGAGUGGGGACCAGAGUUUGACUUCUGUCUUUCAUGCUGUUAUCAUUCCUUGGUUGUUAAACAAAAAACAUUAAUAAGAAAAAAAAAAAAAAAAAAAAAGCAGUGAUAUUAACUGUUGGGUUUUCAUCUGUUUAGAGAAACAUUUUGUUUAAAAGGGUUUCA